AAAUAGGGGUACAGUAGAGGUUGAAUUCUGUCCAUCCAGGAACAAUCUACACUACUGCAGCUCAGCCUGAGGAACAUUGGCAAAAUCUUCUUCAGGGAGAAGACACAGGACUUGCAGAGUUGCCUGCCCGGGAGGGAGGACAGUCCAUAUGAAGAUGGACGUUUCUCAGUGAAUGUCUUUGGAAGGACUCAGAGGAAUAAGACGUGUGCACAGUUAGACACUCAGUCACCGGAGGGUCGCCACCACAUCAGCCACUCUCCUCCUGGGUCAUCCCUAGGACAGGACGGAAAUUAAUGUCACUCUAGGGUGGAGUGAAUUUGUUUGGAUGACUGCGAGGACCCAAUAGAAAAGUGAUGUGGGGCUGUCGUGUUGGAGAGUGUGUUUGAGGAGGGGGAGCAGUGCUGACCAGGCUAUGACUGCGUCCCAGAGGGCGAUCCUUCGGAUGCUGAAUUGAGUGACGGGAGCUGAACCGGAGGCUGACAGAGGAGCCGCCAUGGGGCUUGGACAAUCCAGCAAGUCUCCCAUCACGGGUGACACAGAUGAGGUCAAUUUUGACCACUUCCAGAUCCUCAGAGCAAUAGGAAAAGGAAGUUUCGGAAAGGUGUGCAUUGUGCAGAAGAAAGACACCAAGAAAAUGUACGCCAUGAAGUACAUGAACAAGCUGAAAUGUGUGGAGCGCAACGAAGUGAGGAACGUCUUGAAAGAGCUUCAGAUCAUGCAGAACCUGGAGCACCCUUUCCUGGUCAACAUCUGGUAUUCUUUCCAGGAUGAGGAGGACAUGUUCAUGGUGGUGGACUUGCUCCUGGGAGGAGACCUACGUUAUCACCUCCAGCAGAACGUCCAUUUCUCUGAGAGCACGGUCAAACUGUACAUCUGUGAAUUAGCCUUGGCCCUGGGUUACCUGCGCAGCAAGCACAUCAUACACAGAGACAUCAAGCCUGACAACAUACUACUGGAUGAACACGGUCACGUCCAUCUAACAGACUUCAACAUUGCAGCCAUUGUGAAAGACGACCUAAAGGCGACAUCCAUUGCAGGGACCAAGCCAUACAUGGCUCCUGAGCUGUUUCAGACAUUUGAAGGCUCCCAUCCUGGCUACUCCUUCUCAGUGGACUGGUGGUCAUUGGGCAUCACGGCUUACGAGCUGCUCCGAGGGCAGAGGCCGUACGUGAUGAGGUCCAGCACACCAGCCAAUGAGAUCCUUCAAACCUUCCAUAAGGUCCACCUCAGCUUCCCAGCAGCGUGGUCCACAGAGAUGAAGUCACUUCUCAGAAAGUUGCUGUGCAUCGACGUCCAGAAGCGCAUUUCGUCUCUAGCAGAGCUGCAGGAUCUGGACUACAUGUCGGACGUCAGUUGGGACAUUGUGCUCAGCAAACAGAUCCCCCCGGGCUUUAUUCCUAAUAAGCGGCGGCUAAACUGCGAUCCUACGUUUGAGCUGGAGGAAAUGAUCCUGGAAUCCAAACCGCUUCACAAAAAGAAGAAACGGCUCGCCAGAAAGACCAGGGACCAGGGUUCUGAUGGGUCACCACAGAAUGGUCAGUUGCAGCAACGAUUGGACAACGUCCAGAGAGACUUUAUCAUCUUCAACAGAGAGAAGUCCAAGAAAGCCGAGGUAGAUUCUGACUCAUUGCAACUGUCCACUAGCGACAGGAACAAAGCAAUAGAGGACGGUCAGAACAACAACGUCCAAGCCGACGACUAUUUAUCAGGAUAAGACGUCUUGACUUCGAGUCUGUGCUCUCCAUUAUCUCUUCAAACUGCUUGCCGCUUGUAGAUCAGCACCUGUCAUCAACCCUCAACGCAAGCACACAAACAUUAGCGGGGUGCUACACACAAACAAUGAUGGAAGAACUUUUAGUCCUCAAGAGACAAUGUCACGUCUGUUCAAACGAAAGCAACGUGGUCCCCCUUGAAGAUAGUGGACUAGGAUUUGGACUGCCUUGUCCAUAGGAAAGUUUUAUCAGGCGUGGAUUCUAAUGCUUUACUUUCAGUCAUGAACACAACAUAGCUGUGAUAGCUGAGGUUAUUGUCAGAGCAAGAAUCCUAUUGGUUUGAAUCAUAUGCAACUGAAGAUGUAGCCAAGGUCUGGUGCAGACCAGCCAACCACAAUACGGUUCUGUAAAUACAGCAACAACCAUAGCAACACAGUGCAAUCCAAGGACAACUAUUUAUGUCCAUUUUUAUUGCAGUGACGACGCGCUGUCGACCGUCCAUCAUCUUGGUACCUAAGCAUAAGGGCGCCAAAAAGUGGUACAGGUUGGAUAGUUUAGUAGCUUUUACACCUUUGGACGCCAAAUUAAAAAAAUGUUUUUUGUUUGUAUGUCAGUAAGGUAUAUAGAGUAUCCUAUCAUCUCACUUUUUUAAUCAUAAUACAGCGGAACCUCCAAUUUUGAACAGCCCAAAAGCCGUACAAUUUGGAGUUCAACCAAGAAUUGCCUCAAAACUCAACCCUCAAAAGUCAAAAGUUCAACCCACUAACUCCAAGUGUGUUUUUCUCAUUUUUUGUGGCGAUGCCAUCAGUCACGGCAAAUCGGAAAAGCGUGAUGAUAAACCAUAGAAGAGGAAGUACAACAGAAUGAAAAACUUACAAAAGACGGCACAGCACGUUAAUUCCUGCGAUACCGAGGUCACGGUAUCGCGCUGCAAACACCUUCCUGUUGCCGCUCCAUUCCAUCUGUCAGCCGUGUUCAAAGAUUGAGUUAGUUGUACUUACUUAAAACAUCAUCUGCACAGUUAUUAAAGGUUUGACGACAGUUCUGUUAAAUCACUUCACGUUAUUUCCUAUGGGGAAAGUUGUUUUGAAAUUAGAACAACUUGGAAGCCAACCAGCGUCCCACUUCAACUUUGGGGGUUCUACUGUGAAAACAACUCAUUUUAGGUUUUAUUUUGAAGACCUACGACUGACGUCUUUGUAUGACGGCCUCACUUCAUCAUGGCUGCAGCAGAUACUGUAUGUUGAUAGUAGUAGUAGUUGUAGUUUAUUCAUAAUAAUCAUAUCCUUAGAAGCACUAGUGAAGCUGCACAAAUGGACACAAACAGGUCUUUUACUGUAGGCUUCAAGUUACCGAGUUGACACUGUAAUUUCAAAAAAUGAAUACAAAACAUGUAAAAGUUGCUUUGCACAUCCACUGUGAAAUUCAUUCACCACGGUAAAUACACUGCACGCGAUCGCCUCUGUCAAAUAGUUUCUAAUGUAAUGUAGCUGCCAAUGUCAUACACAGCCUACUACCACACCAUUUGAUGUACAGAGGUGUGAAAAAGUGUUUGCACGUUUGUCAUAUUUAAGUGUUUCAGUUCAUCAAAAACAUUUAAAUUUUAGUCGACGACAACACAACUGAACACAAAAUGCAGUUUUUAAAUGAAACCUUUUAUUAUUAAGGAAUAAAAAAAUGCAAAGCUACAUGGCCCUGUUUGAAAAAGUGAUUGCCCCCUGAACCUAAUAACUGGUUGGGCCACCCUUAGCAACAACUGCAAUCAGGCGUUUGUGAUAACUUGCAAUGAGUGCUGUGGAGGAAUUUUGGCCCACUCAUCUUUGCAGAAUUGUUGUAAUUCAGCCACAUUGGACGGUUUUCCAGCAUAAACCGCCUUUUUAAGCAUCUCAAUAGGAUUCAGGUCAGGACUUUGACUAGGCCACGCCAAAGUCUUCAUUCUGUUUUUCUUCAGCCAUUCAGAGAUGGACUUGCUGGUGAGUUUUGGAUCAUUGUCCUGCUGCAGAACCCAUGUUGGUUUCAGCUUGAGGUCACAAACAGAUGGCCGGAGAGUCUUCUUCAGGAUUUUUUGGUAGACAGCAGAAGUCAUGGUUCCAUUUAUCACAGCAAGGCUUCCAGGUCCUGAGGUAGCAAAACAGCCCCAGACCAUCACACUACCACCACCUUAUUUUACUGUUGGUAUGAUGUUUUUUUUCUGAAAUGCGGCGUUACUUUUACACCAGAUGUAAUGAGACCUUCCAAAAAUUUCAACUUUUGUCUCGUCAGACCACAGAGUAUUUUCCCAAAGGUCUUGGGGAUCAUGAAGAUGUUUUGGUGGAAUCAUGAACACUGACCUUAACUGAAGCAAGUAAGGCCUGCAGUUCUUUGGAUGUUCUGCGGUCUUUUGUGACCUCUCGGAUGAGUCGUCGCUGCGCCCUUGGGAUAAUUUUGACUGACCGGCCACUUCUUCACCACUGUUCCAUGUUUUCGCCAUUUGUGGAUAAUGGCUCCCCUGUGGUUUGCUGGAGUCCCAACCCUUUAGAACUGGCUUUAUAACCUUUUCUACUUGAACUGAGGCGUGAUAAACCACAGUUAUGUUUUAACGGGGCAACAAUCACUUUUUCAAACAGGGCCAUGUACUGUAGGUUUGGAUUUUUUUUUCCUCCCUUAAUAAUAAAAAGUUUCAUUUAAAAACUGCAUUUUGUGUUCAGGUGUGUUGUCAUUGACUAGUAUUUAAAUUUGUUAGAUGAUUUAAAACAUGUAAGUGUGACAAACAUGCAAAAAAAUAAGAAAUCAGGAAGGGGGCAAACACUUUUUCACACCACUGUAUACAGUGUAUGCAUAUAUAUAUAUAUAUAUAUAUAUAUAUGAGUAUUUGUAGUAUUUGGCCUAAAUAAAACUACCAUGUGACAAUUUGUUGCUCAUGUUUAAACAAGGAUGGACUUUAAAAUGGAUGGAUGGAUUUUAAAAUUAUUUCCCCACAAUUUGGAACACGACUAUCAUUUCUAACCAUGCUUUAUUCAUCCCUUCAUGCUACACUGCAGUCUGUCUGCUAGUUGUAUGUUUUUAACUCUUUAACUUGCACUUUUCCACCCCCACCGACACCCCAAAAAAAUGUUACAAAUGGGUACACUGUUUGGACUUUACCUUUUCUGUGUUGCUGUUAUUUGUUGUAAUUUUAAACUUAAGGUGUCUUUCCUGUUUUUAACUACCGGUAAUACCUUGUGGAGUCGUUUUGGGGGCUGACAAUGAAAUGUGGAUGCAUAUGAUAAAAAGGGAAUAUUUUAAAUAUUAUUAUUUUUGUCCUUAUUUGUGACUGUCUUGUAUUAAUCUGUGAUAGAGUUGCAAUCUAUUAAGGUGUGCCUUAAAUAAUAACUUUUCUUUAUUCAACAAAACUACCUGGUGUCAUUAUUUCAUUUUGUCGUCAUUUGAUUGUUCAGGUGUACCUAAAGCCCCCGUCACACUAAACACAAAUCAGCACGAAUCAAGCAGAACCAGUCACAUUCGGGAGGGGAUUUGAAAUUCGUAAGCUUGGCUCCUUUUUUCCUUGGCGAAAUGAAGCGAUGUGUAUCAGGCAAUGCUUCACAGUGACAUUUCAGAAUGUUUGGAAUGCUGUUGGAAUACUGUAAGAAUAUUUAGAAUGCUGUCA